AUGGCGGAGCUCGCGGCCUUGGCCAUGGCUCUGACCCAGCAGCAGAGGGACACUGCCCAAGAGAGCUGGGAGCCCAGGCUUUUUGAGUUUUGGGUCGCAUGUGUGGGACUCAUUGAGCUGAUGAAGCGGACGCUGCAGUCUGUGAUUGUCAUAGGCCUGGCACAAGUGAGCGAAGCCCUGCGCAAUGAGCUGCUGCCGCUCAAGGACAACCAGGCUCAGGUCACCGGAGCUUUGGACGCUAAGGUCUCCGAGAUCCAGAACACCAUGUCGGACAACAUGAUCCGCUUCGAGAUGGGCCCAGUGGUGCAGAGAAGAGGGGAUCGCGUGCGGCGGAUCGUGGUUAGAGGUCUGGGAACGCUUGUGGGAGUCCAGAUGCAAGAGGGGCCUAUUGCGCGGGUGACGCUUUUCUCGAUGAACGUGUCCAAAGGGGUCGUCGCUCCGGCCGUGUGGCCUGCAGAGGAGGCCGAGUGCCGGACGCCGGCGUCCGGAAAGAGGAUGCUCUGCCAGCUGUCCCUUCUCCGAGAGCCACCGCAAGGGCACUGUGACAUUGUAAUCGCGCUCCACGGUCUAGGACAGGCGGGUGGCACAGACCUGUCUUUGGGGACUUGCUCUGAGAUUGGCCCCAAGCCAGAGGACGGUUACAAGGCCAACUCUGUUGUGCCAUGUGGGCCCACUGCUAUGACGCGAUGGUUCAUUGCAAAGCUAUGCACCAAAGCCAAUGCUUGCCUCGUUUGGACUUUGAGAUGUCGGGCAGCGCGGCAGAUGCUUGUGGUCUUGGGCUGUGGCUACUUUGGGAAGGAGAGCGAACAGAAGCUGCUAAGGUUUCGGAAGAAGCGAGAAAUGCACAAUGCAUUCCCAACAUUACUUCUUUUCCUUCAGGACGGCAUCAGUGUUUUGAGCCUUGGCAUGAGGGGCACGGCUGAAGACGGUUUGGUGGAUGAGGCGAUGCUCGCCGAACUGCUGGCAAAGUAUGAGGAUGCCGGUUUUCAGGGCGCCUUGAAGCAGGCUUACGUCGAGUGCGCGCGCAAGCGUUUGGGAUUGCAGGCAGCCUUAGGACCCCUGGUCCUGGAGGUGCAGAAGCCUGUCCUUGAAAAGUAUGGUUUGCCUCCAGACCCACAUGGCGUGGACCUGAUGAAGCAUGCGGUUCAGCGACGCAUCUGCGAGGGCUCCGACAAGCUUGAGGAUUUGGCAAAUGCAGCGCGCAAGGCGCUGGGAAUUGAGCCAUUGCCGGAGCGCCACCGUACUGCCGAAGCGCAGCUGGCAAAAGGCGCCGACGAGACGGCUGCCAAGUUCUCUGGCGACGCUGCCUUGCAGGAGCAGCUCCGGGAGCAGUGCCUCAAGAUGGUUGAAUCGGCAACAGCGAAAGGCACUUUGCCUCCAGCCGCAGCGGGCUUCCUGCAAGAGCUGCUGAUGGAUGACGUCAAAAGCGCUCCCAUUCCCGCGGCCCUUUGCAUGUUCAGGAUGGCCCAGCUUGGGGUCCACGUGGACUUGCUGCGUUGCCGACAGCUUCCCAGCAAUGUGCCAGUGCUGGAGCAGGCGCCAUCAGCGGAUGAGUUCUUCCGCCAAUAUGUGAUGAAAGCUGCGCCUGUCGUGCUCCGCGGCGCCUUUGGGGCUGAGAGCUUCGCCCCGGCCUCGUCGCUAGCAGACCUGGCAGCACUGCGCGCAAAGUGCGGGCAUCGGAGAGUGCUGGUGAAGAGCCUCGGCUUCUUGGAUGGAGCUGGACGUGCCCAGUUCAUGACCGACCCUGAGCUAAAGCUGCCUUUUGCUGCCUACCUGGAUGCUGUUGAGGCCUGCGAGAAGGAUGGGACGGCAAUGCCCUUCUACCUUGGGAAGGUGCCUUUGCGCGCAGAGCUGCCAGAGCUGGCAAAGGAGAUUGAAUCAGCUGCGCGCACGCCCUUGACCGACUACGGAGGAUGCUUCGGUGAUCUUCUUCCAGAAGGCGUCUUCACAUACUUCGGUUGUGGCCGCAACUCGACGUCGGUCCACUACGACUGCCAUGAGAAUCUUAUGGUCUGCAUCUGUGGCACCAAGCGGCUGUGGCUGUAUCCCCCUGGUGAUGCAAGGUACGUCUACCCUAUCUCCAAAGACAGGGGUGCGAGCACUGACUUCUCGAGAUCCUCCAUCUUGCCAUUCCGCACCUACGAGGAGCUGGGCCCUGAGGAUAAACUGCGAUACCCGCUGCUGCGGCACGCCACUGUGCUCGAGGUGACGGUGCGGGCGGGAGACAUGCUCUAUUUGCCUGCCUGCUGGUGGCACUGCGUGGAAGGCUCAGAUGAUCGCAACAUCAUCCUGAACUGGUGGUUUGGGCAACACGUGGAGAAGAAGCAGGCAUCCUUCAAUGCUGCCGCCAAAGUGAGCGAUGGCUAUGCGUAG